CUGGUUGGUUUGUUCCUCAGGUUGAUCAGCGAGCGCACGGUGGAGGAGAACAUUUUGAAAAAGGCCAACCAGAAGAGGAUGCUGGGCGACAUGGCCAUAGAGGGAGGAAACUUCACCACCGCCUUCUUCAAACAGGGCGAGAAGCGUGAGGCGGCGGUGGAGCUGUCGGUGGCUCAGCCCGAGGAGGAGGAGGGCGUCACCAAGCAGUGCACCACCAUCCUGGAGCAGGGAAAUGGGUUGCCAUGUUUCCUUAGAAAAGACCAUUUUCUCCCCCAGGCUUUGUGCCGCGCCGAGGACGAGGAGGACAUCGUGGCGGCCUCGCAGGCCAAAGCGGAGCAGGUGGCCGAGCUGGCCGAGUUCAACGAGAACAUCCCGCUGGACGAGGGCGGCGAGCCCGAGGAGGCGGAGGAGCUGUCCAAGGCCGAGCAGGAGAUCGCCGCCCUGGUGGAGCAGGUGGGUAUCGGCCCGGCCAGAGGGGGGCGGGGGGGGGAGGCUAUAGGCUUGUAG